UAUUACUCAUAGGCCAUUGUAUAUUUCGGUUUAUUGCUCAGGUUUUUUAAACUACAUUUAAUUAAUUAUAUGUAUUCAUAUUUGCUCAGUGUAUUUGUGCAAUUUUUUUUUUAAACGUCGUUUAUGUUAACGCCAUUGUUCAAGAAUUGGUCAUCAGUUUCUAAUUGGUGUGCAUAAUUGAUGGGAGGAAAAAUUAGUAUUAAUUAAACAAAUAUGAUAGAAACCUCAUUGGAAUAGAGAUUCAUUGAUAAAUGUGUAGUAGUUUAAACUUUAUUUAAUAUGAUAAUACGAGUUUCCUUAGUGUUCCUCUUCCUAACAUGUGCUAAAACAACAGAAGAUGUUUACAAUACAGCUAACAAUGAUGCCAAUUUAGACAACGUGUAUAAUAGGCCAUCCAGCCGUCAUCAUGUAAAAUUAUCGCAACUUCGUAAACGAGAAGCUGAGUCACUGCCGAAACAGAUUACAGACAAUGCUGAUACAAAAUCAUCUUUAGCAAAUACAGAUACAGCUCAGCAGGGAACUGGAUCUAUUAGCCGACCACUAAAUGAUGGUCCCAAUAAGGAAAUUGCAGCUGAUAAUAAGGGAGUACCUUCACAUGAUGGACUAAGUGAAGGAGGUAUUGGUAAAGUAAAUGUUAAUUCGUUACCAGUGUCAACAGUACAGUCUGAUGUAAAAAUACAAAGCAAUAGUAAUGUACUGGAUAGUCCCAUAGGUAAUAUCACAAAGUUAAAUGAAACACUCCUGAAAACAAAUGCAACUGUUGUAAAUAAAACUAUUACUGUGGCAUCGACGGAAGCUGAGAGUAGUCUUGAUCUGAACAAUCCCGGUGUUGUUAAAAGAGGUCUUAUUGUUUUUGGUGGAUUUAGUCUCCUGGCUGUUGCAUACUUCAUAUUUUACAGAAAAAAGAAUCAAAAAUAUGAUAGCGGCAAUGCACACAAUACAAAUGAUGCUAAUCAAUUCAGGUAUGGUGUCCUCCAAUCAGAUGAUCGGAGAGACAAUCUCGAACUAUCUCGAAUACCACUAACUAUGGAGUCUGAUGAAGACGAAGAUGAAGAUUUAGAAAUAUUUGACUUAGAACAAAAGAAGAAAUCUCUCUCUUAUGUUAAUCUCCAAACUAACGAUGAGGACAUUGUAUUGCAUAGUUCUAAGGAUGAAUCAAAAAAUAAUCUAUUGUUAGACAUAGAAGAUGGACCAUCUGACACUUUGAUUAAUUGGUCGAGUAAUGGUAACAAAUCAAUAUUAUAAUUAUAAGUUGCCUAUGUUUGUACAAAUAAUGUCCGUGAUAGACAAAUGAAAAAUUCCAUAUGUAUUGGAACAGAUUGGUGUCUUCUUAACAGAACAAAUGUGAAACUGCAAAUUAAUAUUAUAAUUAUCUAAUAGUAAUUACAUAUAAUGUUAAAUGAACAGCACCAAAUAAAACAACUGAAGUACGCAAUCUUUAAAGAAAUUGGAGUUUUAAAGUUCCAGAAGAACACAGAAAAAAGUUACGAAUAGCUCGAGGCUCAAGCCUUGGGGCAUAAACGCAUUUCUUUAUAUUUUUUAACCAGUGUUUAAAUAAUAAAUAGUCUGUAAUGAAAUUAAACAUUAUAAAAACUUGGAAAAAAACAAUAAGCCAUAAAAAUAUUUCUAAAAAAAGUAGAAUAUGUGAUUUAUUCGCAAAUUACGCAAUGAUAAGUAAUAUGAAAAAUGACAAUUUACUUAAUGACUGUUGAGUAAAAUAGCUUCUAUUUCGUUUAAACUUAUUUCAUUUUAGUAUUUGGUAUCACAUUAAAUAUUCGAAAGUUAAAAAUCUAACCAUUUAGUUUCAUAUGUACUUACUUUUAGUAGCAUAGACAAGUUAUAAUUGCUGAUUUAUCUUUUAUUUAUUUUUAAAACUCUACAAAUUUGUCUAAAUCCAAUAUGUGUUCCACCCAUAUCUGUUAUAAGGCUUAGAGAAAUUUAAGAAUUUUAUUUCAAUUCUGUAACAGCCUGUGAAUGUCCCACUGCUGGGCUAAAGGCCUCCUCUCCUUUUUUUUUCAGGGGAAGGUCAAUUACCCUUACGUGAUUGAAACGAACAACGAAAUAAGUUUUUUUCUUCAACAGAAUCAAAAGCAAUGUUGUAUUUAUGUAAUAAUAAUGAUCUUCCAUAUGCAAUAUUGUUAUAAAAAAAUGGUUUUUAUAAGAAUAGGUGAACUAAAAAUAAUUUAAUUCUGUUUAAACAAACAAGUAAAAAAUUUUAACAAUCUAAAUAAAAAUUACACCAUAAAUAAAACCUUUUAAGUUUUUUUCAAUUGAUAUAUAUUUGUAAAACGAAAUGUGUGUGCUAUAAUAAACAUUUAUAUAUUCGAUGCUGUAUUUUAACAAUAACUGGGUUUUAUUAGCAUUUUCUUUUUUAUUUUAUGAAGUAAUGUUUAAAACAUGGUUAAAAUAUUCCAUAUGAAUUGUAUGUUUGUGAUGCUCUAUUUUAUAUGCAUUUUAUAUUAUGCUUUUUCAUUGUACAUGCAUUUUAUAUUAUGCUUAAUAAUCUUUUUCAUUGAAAAUGUGUGUUUUGGGAAUUUCUGGUUGUCGUUUCAGUAACAAAUAGUGAAGAAUGUGGAAUACUACUUGUGAACAAUAUUUUUUAAAAAAUUCAAAAUUAAUUGUGUAGUAAAUAUUACAUUUUUAUUAUGAGGUAAAUAUUAAUGUUAAGGAAAAAAGUUUUAUAAAAAUUUAGCAAUUAUUUCGGCAAGUAAAUUAAUAACGAUUUUUAAAUCUAUAAAAAUAUUUGAAAUCAAAUGGUUUUCAAAUAUUAUACGGCCAUCAUUUAUAAUUGCUUCAUACAUUUUGUGAACUGAUAAUUUGUAUCUUCUUUCAAUACAAUAAUACACAGUUAAGGUACAUCUAGACGGGUAAAGUUAUACUGCAAUGUGUGGCUGAUAUAUUUUAAAACAUAACCUGUCCUUUAUAUUUUGUUGCAAAAAUGUAUAUCUUGGCAAGAUAUAUCUGCAACAAUAAGGUCUGUAAUGCUCAUCUACUAAUAUGAUAAUUAUGUAAAAAUUAGAAGAAUGCCAAAAAGUUGCUCGAAUUCCUUUUAUACAAAACUGGCAUAUUAUGUCAUCGUAGUUAGGAAGAUUUCUAGUAAAAAAACGACACAAAAAAUUUGAAAGUGUAAUUUAAUUUAAGUAUAAAAAUAGUUCUUACUAUUAUUUUAUUUGUGUGUAAUGUUUUAAUGUGUGCCUUUUCCCCAGAGGCCUAAAGUCUGUGGAUGCAAAGUUACGACGCUGUAUGACUGGAUGAAAUGCAAUGCAAUGUAUGGACGUGUAAAACUAUUACAACAUUGAAAAUUUAUGUAUCUAUAAAAUAUAUUUGGGUAAUAUUGCAACGCUGGUGAAGUGGGCACAAAUGGCGAUUACCAAUCUUAGAUUCUGGAUUACAAUCUAAUAAUGGCGAUCCAUAAUAGAGAUGAACGGAUUAUGGUAUGUAGCCGAAUACCAUUCAAACCAGAGGAAUCAAGGAAGUCAACUGGCACACUACGGCGUCAAAAGUUUUUACUAUAGUUUCACUAGAUUGUGAUGCUGCCUGGUAAUAAGCAUGCAGGCACAUUAAAAUAACAUUGAGAUUAAAAAUAAGGUAUAUAAGACCAAAGACACGUAAAACACGUUUGUGGAAAUACAAAUACAAGAAAAAAUAAUUGCAAUAGCUGAUGUUGCUGGCAAUACAAAUACAACCACACUUUGCAGUGAAUAUGUGUGUUUAGAUUUAGUUUAAUAUAAAUAAGACUUCAGAUUUUUUUUAAAUAACUUAAUUGUAAAUGGCUGUUAUUUUUUUUGUGAACAUAAUUAAUUUGCAGUUUACAAUAAUGUGAUUCGCGAACUAUCUCAUUCUGCAUAUUAGAAGUCAUAAGCUUUGGACUGUGAUAGUAGAUGAGAGACUAGAGAAAUUGUUGUACAAAAUAUAUUUUUUCAUUGAUAAUUAUUGUUUUCGAUUUGUGGAUUAUUGUGGAUAAAUGAAAAUGUUCGCUCUACUUCUUACGCCUAAAACUGUUACACUUCUAGUAUUGUAAGGCUGUUCUUAUAUAAUUAAAAUGUCUAAUAUUUUC